GCUGGCACCUGGCAGCCGGGACUGACGUGCUCAGUUUGGCUUUUACAAGGUGGCUGCCUGGUCAGAUGUAAAGGAAUUUCAGGGUCCUUCCCCCUGGGGGAUGUUGUUCAGGUUAUUGGUAGAAAUGUUUGUAACAGUCCUUCAUGGAGAAAACGAAAAGACCCUUUUUAACAUUCACUGCAAAGUCCAGCUUCUCCUGGAGAGCAUCAAACACUGCUGUGGCUAUGAGAAUGAAGGUGAAAUCGAGCUGGCAGACGUGAGUGGCCAGGUGAAGAAUUUGCUUCAGAACCAACAUUGCUAUGCUUCAGAACUUCUGAGCGAGAGAGAGACCUGUGUACUCCUCUGUGUCACACGUGGUGAAGGUUCUUCAGAGGUAGUAUUUACACCACUGCUGAAAGAUGAAGGAGUUAUUAACCCUAAAUUCCUUGCUAAACUGGGGAACUGGGAAGAUUCCAAGGUCUCUUCUACCAGAGUGAAAUCCAAAAAGGCUGGCAAAAAACCAACUGUGCUCUUAGAGGUUCCAUCUGCAGAAGGCAAACGGAGUCCAUCUCCCCAGGGCAACAGGACUAAAACUAUGGUUUCCUCUCCGAAACAAUCCAGGAGACCCUGA